UUCUUUCUUUUUUCUUUAUUAUUUUUCUUUCUUUUUUCUUUAUUAUUUUUCUUUCUUUUUUCUUUAUUAUUAUUUUUUAAACGAUGAGUGAGCUCCCGCCUCGCCCAUCUAUGCAAUCGUCUGUAUACAGCGAUCAACGUGUCGUCCGUGCAAAAAGUAUUUUGGAAAAAAACUUGAAUAAGAGUAGAGGAACUGAGGUAAGGUCAAUGACAUUUUUUUAAAAAAGAAAAAACAAUUGGACUAACUUUUACAAGUAGGUGAGCUUAAGCGCACAAACCUUUUUGUUUUCAGAGAUGUUGCAAUAUGCUCAAAAGAGAGUCAAUGGCAUUCAAGAUUUAGAAAGAAAAUUAAACGAAUUCGGUUAUCGUGUUGGCUCUCGUGUUCUUGAAUUAUUAACAUGGAGAGAAAAGAUUGCAAAGAGAGAAACCAAAGUGUUAGGUAUUCUUUACUUUAUUCAUAGUACUGUGUGGAAGUCAUUAUUUGGAAAACCUGCAGAUUCGCUUGAAAAGAGUACCGAAAAUGAAGACGAGUACAUGAUUUCAGACAAUGAACCCAUACUCACGAAAUAUAUAUCAGUUCCUAAGGAACUUUCCCAAUUAAACUGCAAUGCAUUUGUUGCCGGGAUUGUGGAGGCGGUAUUAGAUGGAUGUCAAUUUCCUGCACGCGUCACAGCACACACUGUGCCUGCUGAUGGAUUCCCUCAACGAACAACUAUUUUGAUCAAGUUGGAUAAAGAAGUUUUGGAAAGAGAAGAGCUUUUAAAAUAAAUAAGAUUUUUAUUUAUUUU